AUGUCUUCUGUCAUUUAUACUCCACUCGUCCUCUCUGUCUAUAUCUUGGCCUUUGUAACAGGAGUGCCUUCCAACCUCUUAGCGUGUCACACCUUCUUGGUCAGGGUUCGUCAGAAGCCAUCUCCAUGUGGACUGUUCCUACUCAACCUCACCAUCUCUGACUUGCUCUUUGUUUGCAUCCUUCCUUUUAAGAUGGUAGAAGCUGCUUAUGGCAUGACCUGGCCUAUGCCACGUUUUCUUUGCCCCAUUGUAGUAUGGGUGUACUACUGCACCAUAUACGUCAGCACACUAUUCCUAACAGCCGUCAGUAUUGAGAGGUAUCUUGGAGUUGCUUACCCACUGAAGUACAAAGUCAACAGGAAAACUGUGUAUGCGGCCUGGAUCUGUGUGUUUAUCUGGGGGUUCAGUGCCCUACAUGGCUGCAUCAGUUUUAUCGUUAUCACCGUCUUGCCCAGUAAUGACAGUCAACCAGACCAAUGCUAUCAAAGUUUUUCAGAGGAACAGGGGAAACUUGUAUUGCCGUUUAGACUAGAAAACAGCCUUUUACUGUUCUGUAUUCCAUUCAUAAUAACCAUCUUCUGCUAUUUCAACUUUAUUAAAUUGCUCUUGUCCAUGCCCAAUAUAGAAAGAAGGAAGAAGUCUCGAGCUAUAUGUUUAGCGCUGGCCACACUCUUCAAUUUCAUGCUAUGCUUCGCUCCAUAUAAUAUUUCCCAUAUCGUAGGGUUCAUUCAAAGCAAGAGUCCACGUUGGAGAGUUUAUGCUCUACUCUUGACCACACUCAAUGCGUGUAUUGAUCCCGUAAUAUUCUAUUACUCCUCUACUGCUGUACAGAGGACAUUUCUAAAAUUUCUACAAGGUAUGAAGAGAAAACUGUGUAAGCGAAAUGGCAAUAAAGCUCAGUUAAGUGAGACUGAGGCAACCUGCAACAAUGAUGGGACAUCUAUCUAG